AUGGAUACAUCGAUGCUUUUCGGUGCUUUGAUCUGCACUUGCUCGGUUGCGGCACAGAAAUGGUCACGCUUAUCCGUGCACCUGAAGCGGCUCGUCGCAGGAUUUUCGAAGCGCUCAGACUGGGCCCUCACGCUGGGUCGCCUGGCGUUGAUCGGGGCCCUUUCGAAAUACCCAAUGCUAGCGCCCAGAAUCACGGGCGACCUAGACUUCGGCCGGCGACUCCAACGCUUCUCGAACCAGGACUUGCAAGGUCUUCCGCUCGGCACCAAGAAGAACAUACGCCUCUGCAUCAAGAACCUCGAGAUUUUCGAGAAGAAGAGAAAACAGGAGGAACAGGCAGAGUUCCGAAAGCACAAACAAAAGGAGCGCCGGAGAGAAAAGCAAGAGGCAGCAAGGCGUGUGGCCAAGCGCGCAGCUAUGGCCCUAGAAAUGGUCGCAGAAAGCAUUCAGCGAAGGACUCUUGAUUGA